CCCCACCUGUUGAUUAUUUUAUGUUCCUGUAAACAUCACUUGUUUAUGCUGAAACCUUCUCGCCUCUCGGGAGCGUUGACUGGAUCCAGAACCUCAUAAAUAAUCAGAGCUCUGAGCUUUCUGGUGGAGCUCCAGGAUGCCCCUCAACUCCACCAUCUCUCUGUCGGUGGACUUCAGCUCUCCGGGAGACUUCCUCAUCUUCAUCUUUCACAUCCUCUUCGCCACAAGCGCGGAGCUGGUCGCAGGAUCGGUGCUCAUCGGGAUCUCCGCCACCCGAACCCUGCGAGUUCAGAACCGUUUCCUCUUCAUGCUCAACACCAGCAUCAGCGACACUCUGACCGGCGUCUCGGUCUUCUACCUCGGUCUGUUCGAUGUCCAAGAGGGCUACCCGUCCAGGAACGGGACGUUCUACAUUCUGCCAUCCUUCCUUGGUGUUAAUGUCUUGACUUUCCUCUUUGCUCAGUUUGAUCGGUACUUCGCUGUUUGCCACCCUUUCUUCUACAAUCGCUUCAUCACGAGGCCUGUCGUCGUUUCCACCUGUGCGUUCUGCUGGGUCUACACCUACGUCAUCCUCACCGUGCAGAACAUGGUGCCCAUCUCGAAGGCAGCGCAGAUCAACGCGUUCGGUGUGAUGACUCUGCAGAUCAUAGUUCUCAUCAAAAUCAUCAUGACAGUGAAGCUUUACGUCAUAGCGCGGAGCCACCUGGUCAGAGAGGCGCCCGGCGGCGCCGACAGGGACAACAAGGAGUCUCUGCGCAUCAUCGUGUUUGUGGUCAUCUGUUUCUUGGCUUUGUGGUGUCCUUCUUUUGUUAAUAUCAUAGUGAAACAGCUGACUGGGAAAGGGUUGAAGUUCAGGAAUGAAGCGACCAACUUGUUCGCCACCAUGGCGCGCCUGAACGCGUUGGUCACCCCGGCUGUGUACAUCUGGGGCAGCCCGGCGCUGCGGAGGGCCGUGUGGAGGGUGGUGUGGAAGAGGGUGUGCCCAAAGCGAAGGCCCAGGAGCGUCUCUAACUGUGAUGGCGUGGCUAAGAGAAAGUUUCCCCAAUCGAAAACAUCAUGAACUUCAAGUUUUCAUCCCAUUCAGCAAUGCUUAAAUAAUGAGAUGUGUGUUUUCACACAUUUUAAUGGCUGAAGGAUGAAACAAAACGCGAAUGAAAUUGGGAAAGUAUUAAAUGUGUUUGGAGUUUGAUCUGAAAAAUUCGUCAAAAGGUGUCAUAAAGUCAUAAAUAUUCAUAUCAGUCCUGUUUAAAACAUUUCUUUUAAGCACGAAUGUCUGUUGUGUCCUUGGCCAAUUCAAAAUAAGAGUUUUUGGUGUGUUUUUGUAUUUUCAGUUGAAUUUAUUGAAAAGAUCCGUUUGUGUUCUGCUUGUUGAGAAAAAAACAUCGUUUGAAGAUUGAAGUUUACAGCGUUUAAUCCUUAUUAACUUCCUCACAGCAGGUUUUAAAUGAUAUUUUCUGAUUUAAAAGACAUUACUGAAUCUUUAGCGGGACGGAGUUUUGGUCAUGUAUGCAUUUCUGGGUUUCAAUGCGCACACUUUCUUCCGCUUAUUCACAUAUUUGGGAAAAGAUGCAUAAAACAGAGUGUAAUUUUAAAACCGUUCAUGUGUUUUCAAAUGAACUGGAAGUGUGUUAAACCUGAAAGUGGCAUCAAAGCCGACAAUGCUUCAUUUUCCACACCUUGUUGUUUUUUCACCAAGGCGUUUGACAAACUAAAAGGUUUGGGUGACUUCUCUUUAAAAGUGGCCAGCUGUUUUAGAGAGAAUGGAAACGUCACUGCUGAAUUUGAUUAAUCAGGUAAAAUGCAUUUCAACAAGAAAGUUAAGAAAAUUCGUAUACCUUAAAGAUCGUGGUUUAAUUAUCUCUAAUUUGCACUUUUAUAAUUGGUAAGCAGGUCAAUUUCACUUCCAGCUUAAAUAGAUACACAAUCCUUCUACGUGAACUCGUUGCAUCAGCACUACGUUUGAAAGCUCUGAUUGUUGUGUGGAUCUAAAGGGCCUCAAACCUAAUCCAGAUUAAAAAUAAAAUUAAACCUCCCCAAUUGAACAAAACUCGAGGAAGAAACCUCCGAAUUCAGCUUCACGGACUUUGGGGUUCAGCACCAUGGACAGCUCCCCGUUUUUCCUCAAAAGACUCAGUAAGAAAUUAAUCAACACAUAUUUGAAGCACACAUUUAUUUCAAAAGCCAAUUAAAGAAGCACAAUCCAACACGAAGGUAUCAAAAUAUAGUCACAUCUACAGGAAUUUAAAUGUUUACAAUUAAAUUCAUUUAUUUUUUCAACUUUAGGUUGGCGCUUUAGCAUUAAUCUCAGUGAUUGCUGAGUUAGAAUCUUGACCAGUUUUAUAUUUGACAUCACUCUGUAGCCCUCUGCUGGCCAGAUGCUGCACUUAACAGUUUUGUGGAGCAGGAAGGUGCUCUUCAGGGGAGCUCUUAACCACAUUUACGACUGUUAGCUGUUGUACUAGCAGUUAGCAGUUUCAGGUAACCGAUAAUCAAUAAAAAGCACAAGAAUAACAAAAAGAAGUUUGCUUUUUUGCUGGCACCAUGGCGGAGCCUGGAAGUAUGAUGUCUUUGGAGGUGAAGCAAAGUGCUAAAACCAGAGUGAACAUCGGCAUGGCCUACUAGUUUGAGGAAGCAGCUACAAAAAUCACAGACCGACGAUGACCUGGCUUUGUUGCUACUGGACUUUUAAGUAAUAAUAUUUUUGUGUUGGAGCAG